GUGAGACAGGCAGAGAGGCGUGGAAGACUCAAAAGGGCAAAGUACAGAUUACAGAAAAGAAGCGAAGCAGGCAUAUAUUGGGGCUUCUCUGUUUUGAUUCCGAAGAGAAUGGAGAGACGACCAAGAGAGCGCUUAUUCACUUCUCUUCUUCUUCGCUCUUUAUUAAACCCCUCACAUAGAUCCUUCUUUCUAUAAUUUCGCUUGUCUUCUUUGAUUCUCAUUUCUUGCUUAAAUCAAUAAACUGUACCCUUGUUUUGUUAUUCGAUUUCGAUCUUUUCAACCAAAGAUAAUUUUUUUCCUCAGAAUAAUCUCCUUUUAAGUUCAAAUCGAACCACUUAUUCGAUUUCUGAAAAAAAAAAACCCUUCGCUUUUCUUUAGGGUUUUAGAAUCUCUUCCGGUGAUAGAUACUAAAUAGAAGAUAUUAAUAUCUAGGGUUAAGUUGGAUUUAUCAAGGCUGGCGGAUUUCAAGGUCCAGUGAUGGCGGAUCCGCCUGGUUUCCGCCUCUCUUUGGAAUUCAGUUGCACGUUCGGAGCCAAGGAGGUUUUAGCGUCUGGGUUAGGGUUUGGGUCUGUGGAUCGUGGAACGGAAUUGUUGGAGGGGGAAGCAUGCUGAGCGUGCUAAGGGUGCACCUUCCGUCCGACAUUCCUAUCGUAGGCUGCGAGCUUACGCCGUAUGUGCUGUUGCGGCGACCAGAUAACUCCAUCACUACCGAUGAUGUUCCUGAAUCAGCGCCACUCGAUGGCUUCUACUUGAGAUACAAGUGGUAUCGCAUACAAAGUGACAGAAAAGUUGCUGUGUGCAGUAUACAUCCCUCUGAACCAGCUACCUUGCAGUGCUUAGGUUGUGUUAAAGCUAAGAUAGCUGUUGCCAAAAGUUACCACUGCUCACCUAGGUGUUUUUCAGAUGCAUGGCAACAUCAUCGUGUUCUACAUGAUCGUGCAGCAAGUGCUGUAAACGAAAAUGGAACUGAAGAGGAAGAGUUAUUUGGGCGCUUUAAUAGCUCUGGAUCUGGAGCAAUAAAUGCAAGCUUAUCUAGUUCAACAAGCAUAGGACAUACUUCUAGCUUGAAUAAUGGUUCUGCACCUUUAUAUCCCGCAGUUGUUACAGAAAGAAGUGGUGGUGAAACCUGGUUUGAAGUUGGACGUUCCAAAACAUACACUCCAACUGCUGAUGAUAUUGGCCAUGUUCUUAAGUUUGAAUGUGUAGCUGUAGAUGCAGAGUCUAAAUUGCCUAUUGGACAUGUUAACACUAUUUUGACCUCCCGUGUCAUCCCAGCUCCCUCCCCUAGUCCUCGUCGUUUGAUUCCAGUCAGUGGAGUUGAUGUAAUUGGGCAUUUGGAUUCAAAUGGCCGUACUGCAUCCUCAGAAACCUUCACUGUACUCUCAUAUAACAUUCUUUCUGAUGCAUAUGCCACAAGUGAAUCAUACAGUUACUGCCCUUCUUGGGCCCUUUCCUGGCCUUAUCGCAGACAGAAUUUGUUACGAGAAAUUGUUGGCUACCGUGCAGACAUCAUUUGUCUUCAAGAGGUUCAAAGUGAUCAUUUUGAAGGAUUUUUCACUCCUGAGCUGGACAAACACGGUUAUCAAGCUCUUUACAAGAAAAGAACAACAGAGGUUUAUGGUGGAAGUGCUUAUGCAAUUGAUGGUUGUGCAAUAUUUUUCCGCAGAGACAGAUUUACGCAUGUCAAAAAAUAUGAGGUUGAAUUUAAUAAGGCUGCACAAUCUUUGACUGAUGCUGUAAUACCAAGUACUCAGAAGAAAGCUGCUUUAAAUAGAUUGCUUAAGGAUAAUGUCGCACUAAUAGCAGUUCUGGAGGCAAAGUUUAUCACUGACAGGCGUCAGCUUCUUUGCGUGGCAAAUACACAUCUAAAUGUUCACCAAGAUCUCAAGGAUGUUAAGCUCUGGCAGGUCCAUACUCUCUUAAAAGGAUUGGAGAAGAUAGCAAGCAGUGCUGAGAUUCCGAUGUUGGUUUGUGGAGAUUUUAAUUCAGUUCCUGGAAGUGCUCCUCAUGCACUUCUUGCAAUGGGAAAAGUUGAUCCAAUGCAUCGAGAUUUAGAAGUAGAUCCCCUUGCAAUUUUUCACACUGACAGGAAGUUAACCCACAAGCUACCUCUGGUUAGUGCUUACUCAUCGUUUGCAAGACUACUGGGUGUUGGUCUUGGUUUUGAGCAACAAAGAAGGAGAAUGGACCCCACAACAUAUGAACCUUUAUUUACACAUUGCACUAGAGAUUUUAUAGGAACUCUUGAUUACAUAUUUUACACAGCGGACUCUUUAACUGUAGAAUCCUUAUUGGAGCUAUUGGAUGAGGAAACUGUACGGAAAGACACAGCACUUCCUUCUCCAGAGUGGUCUUCUGAUCAUAUGGCACUUUUAGCUGAAUUCCGCUGUAAACCACCUAGAACAAGACGUUAAUGCUACAAGGUCUCAGGAAAAUUCUCAAGAAAAAUACUUCGGUGAACAAUUCGAUUCAAUCAAGAAAGUUAUUCAUGGAGGGGGAGGAUCAUGCUCCAUCUCUUCAACCCGAGGUGUUUCAGUAUGGGAUCCCAUCGUGAUCUACUUGUAUCAUGCCAUCCUUUUAAUUUAAUUUUCUCUUCUCUUUUUGGGUAAAAAUCAAUGCCAUCCUUGUCUCAUAUAAAAACUGUUCUCGUUCAAAA